GCGGGGGCAAAUCUUCCUUUUGGCUUGGUUUUAAAGGAGGAGUAGGAGGGGGAGUGGUGCCUUAUCCAAUCCCUAAUAAAUUAGGGCGGUCAACAUUACCUUAUGCUACCAAACCAAAUGGUGGAAGUGAUGGGAUUGAACCCAUGUCCUUAAAAUUGUGGUUCCCUGACCUUAAAAGGUUCAAAGGAACUUCGAAACUUUCUUCCGAAGAACAAUUGUCUGCACUUUUACGAAUUAUGGCUCGUAAAACCAUAUCAAUUAAGGCUGAUAAACCUA